GGUCGCCUGAGCUACCAGGCCCGGGAGCGCGACGUGGAGCGCUUCUUUAAGGGCUACGGGAAGAUCUUGGAGGUGGAUCUGAAGAACGGUCUGUUAUGUUCUGAACCCACACAUGUUUUCGGAAGGACCAGAUGGCUGACACUGGCUAAUGGGAACCAAAAGACGAGUGAAAGUAACCUGGUUGUCACAUACCCCCAGCUUAGAGGUGGGGAAAGAUCAAGUGCAGACUGAGCUGUGGCCAACCGUUUGCAGACCAGGAAUCCACACCAGCUCUAAUCAGAGAGCUCUUGGUGUGCAGGAACUGCCAGUUUGCCGACGUGAAAAGAGCCCCAGACUGGGUAAUGGUGAGCCUUGAAGUCGCACCCCAGCUCUGCCACUCAGUGAGCACGGCAACAUCCCUAAUCCUGACCAGCCAUGGAGAGGUUCGGUUCUUACCAGGAAAAUGAGUGAAUGUGGGAAUGGCUCACCACAUUGGGAAAACAAAACUCACAUCCUGCUGAUGGUUGGCUGAGGACUGUCAUGUCCACAUACAAAGAAAAGCAUGUGGCACAGUUUUAGGACAAAGGUAUGGUUUUGUGGAGUUUGAUGAUCUGCGUGAUGCAGAUGAUGCUGUUUAUGAACUGAAUGGCAAAGACCUCUGUGGUGAGCGAGUAAUUGUUGAGCAUGCCCGCGGCCCACGACGAGACGGCAGUUACGGUUCUGGACGCAACUCCUUUGAGGCUAAGAUGACUGCCUGUUCCAUUUGCUGACCUUGGGUUACCUUUCCAUGCGUGGCUCUUUGAACCUUUGUGGCCCUUGGCUGACCAAAAACAGGAAGCCAUGUGACGACCGCAACCUUUCCCCAUUAGACCUGGGUGGUGGAUAUGGUUAUAGAAGAAGUGGCCGAGAUAAAUAUGGCCCUCCCACCCGUACAGAGUACAGACUUAUUGUGGAGAAUUUGUCAAGUCGAUGCAGUUGGCAAGACCUAAAGGAUUAUAUGCGUCAGGCAGGAGAAGUCACUUAUGCAGAUGCUCACAAGGGACGCAAAAAUGAAGGAGUGAUUGAGUUUGUAUCUUAUUCUGAUAUGAAAAGAGCUUUGGAAAAGUUGGAUGGAACUGAAGUCAAUGGCAGAAAAAUCAGAUUGGUUGAAGACAAGCCAGGUUCUAGACGGCGCCGGUCCUACUCCAGGAGCCGGAGUCAUUCAAGGUCUCGCUCUCGAAGCAGACAUUCCCGGAAGAGCAGAAGCCGAAGUGGCAGCAGCAAAAGCAGUCGGUCCCGGUCUAGGUCGGGUUCCCACUCCCGGAGCAAGAGCCGCAGCCGCAGCCAGAGUCGCAGCCGCAGCAAGAAGGAGAAAAGCAGGAGCCCCAGCAAGGAUGACAAGAGCCGCAGUCGGAGCCGCAGCGCCAACAAGAGCCGCAGCAAGAGUAAAGACCAUGCUGAAGACAAGAUCCAGAACAACGACAGCACCGGGAAGCCCAAGAGUCGGAGUCCCAGCCGGCAUAAAAGCAAGAGCAAAAGUAGGAGCAGGAGCCAGGAGAGGAGAGUGGAAGAGGAGAAGCGCGCGAGCGUGAGCAGGAGCCGGAGCAAAGAGAAGAGCCAGAGCCAAGAGAAGAGCCUCCUCAAGAGCAGGAGCCGGAGCAGGAGCAAAGCGGGCAGCCGCAGCCGCAGCCGCAGCAAAAGCAAGGACAAGAGGAAAGGCAGGAAGAGAAGCAGGGAGGAGAGCCGCAGUCGCAGCCGGAGCCGCAGCAAGAGCGAGCGGAGUAGGAAGCGCAGCGGCAAGCGAGACAGCAAAGUGGGCAGCAGCAAGAAGAAGAAGAAGGAGGACACCGACCGUUCCCAGUCCAGGUCACCAUCCCGCUCAGUGUCAAAGGAGCGAGAACACGCCAAGGCUGAGUCCGGCCAGAGGGAAGGCCGCGGGGAGGGCGAGGACGCCGGCCCCAAUCCAGAGGCUCGGUCCAGGUCAAGAUCCAAUUCUAAAUCGAAACCAAACCCUCCGACAGAAUCGCGCUCAAGAUCAAAGUCAGCUUCAAAAACCCGAUCUCGGUCCAAGUCUCGAUCCAGGUCUGCUUCCAGAUCACCCUCCCGGUCUCGAUCUCGGUCCCAUUCAAGGUCCUAACUGGCUAUGACCACGGCUGGAACUACCUGGGAAGUCUUUUGUACAUGUUUGGUAGCCGUAGCACAAGUGAUUGAGGUAGAACAUCCGUCACUGCUGUACAUUUUUAACCCCCUAAUGGUGUGUCUAUCAUUGUUAAAUCUAAGUGCUUCCUCUCAGUAAAGCCUCUUGGCGCCAGGCCUUCCUGCUCGACUGAAAAAAAAUCUUCUCUUUGAAACUCCCUUUCCUCACGGCCCACAGUAGAAUAUCCAAAACGCCUUGGCUUUCAGGCCUGGCCUUUCCUACAGGGAGCUCAGUACCUGGACAGCGUUAAGGCUGGAAUGAUGGCAUAGGUAGGUAUGGUGAGUUCAACCAUUUUUGCCCUUGAAUUGAUGCCCUUUGAUGUAUGCCAUUUAGUGAAAGUGCUAAGUCUUCAGUUUCCUACCACGUUGGUUUCAUAUUUUUGGACUUAACAAAGUUGUGAAUAGCACAGUCGAGAAAAAUUGAUACCUGCAGUAACCCAUAGGAAAUAAACUGUAGAGUUCCAUAUUCUGGUAUUGUGAUUAUAUUGUUUUAUAUUAAAAAAAAAAAAAGAAAAGAAUUUUUUUUAAUUUUAUUUUUCCCCGUCUUGCAAAGUAUAGUGACCCCUGUUUCCAUUAAAUUUGAAUAAAGACUAUUUUUGCUUGACAAAA